GGCAUGACGUCAUUGCUGGGGUAUUUUCAAGAUGGCGCUGGACUGUGGCCGGAAUGCCGCUACUGCAGCCAAACGCUGAGGGAUUUAAUUAAUCUUCAGCUCGGCGGCAACGUUAACUUCGAACGACGGAGAAAAUAUAGUUGUUUUAGACUCCAGAAAUGAAUACGUUACAUCCGGUGGGUGUCAGGUAACGCCGAAGUAUCCCUGGCUAAAAUGGUAGCCCCUUUCUCCAAGAACAACAAAACCUGCCGCUGUUGUUGCUGCUGCGGAGCUCGGCCGACGGGGCAGGAGGAGUCGUUGCAGGAUUUUAUGUCCGGGGCCGAGGCUCGCUUGGUGGACUGAGUGGUCAUGGAAACGACGAAGGAGAACGGAGGGUCGCUUACAGUCGACUUGAAUGAGAACGAAGAAGAAGGAGGAGGAGUAGGGGGAGUGGGCAAAACGGGUCUUAAGUCUUACAUCGCAUUCAGAGACCACAACACAGCGCUGCUAGCCGGUGUCAGCGGGGGUCAGGAAGCUGGGAGCGGUCACAGUUAUGUGACCGGCAACGGGAGGAAUGUAAACAGAGACGCCUCAGGACAGUCGCCCCCACACAGCAGGGAGAUGAUGUUGGUCGCGGCGGAAAAGCACCUCCCUGGCCAGUUGACUGACAGCUGUGUGAUUUCGGGGGGUUACAGCGACCACAGUGCCCUGAACGGAUUUACUGAGUCAUUCGGCCAGGAGGAGCCGACAGUUGUUGCGCUGGAAGGAGGAGGAGGAGGAGGAGGAGAAGGAGGAGGACUCGGCCUCACGGGGACCACAGUCGCUUCCUGUCCAGCUGUGCUCCUGGGUCGGGUUUCGACUGAGACGGGCCGACAGACAUGGCAGCAUCCUGCUGGUGAGAGCGACGGGGAAAUCCCGAAUUGUAACGACGUUACACCGAGAGGAGAGACGACUGUCGACUGUACCGGGACUCCUCUCCCUCAGGACCGGCUCCCGUGCACAGGGAAGCACCAGCGGAACUGCGCCUGCUCCGCCGCAGCCGCCUCCUGUCCACAUGUAAACAUGCUGAACGGGGAUGCUGACAGGCCGGGGUGCGAAGCGGAUGUCUCUUACUGUAAACAGUCAGGGCUGUUUUCCAGCCCGUUGCCGGACCAGAGACUCGGUUCCUGCGACGUGGACUGUGAGGAAGUGAAAGUAGCCAACGGUGGUUUACACAUUGUAAACACUGACAGAGCAACAUGUGACGGGGCCGACUCGGACUGCACCCCCGAAAGCAACGCCGACAUUCAUUACGACCUUGGGGCACAGCAAGAAAACGAUGCUGGGUCCGGAUUUAGUCUCAGCGACCGCAGCGGAGCUUUGGUCUCCAAGUGCCCCGAGGAGGAUGCUCCAUCUGCUGCACAGCCCCCUCGUUUCCUCAAUCCCUCCUCUCCGGUCCCGUCCUGUGACUCCUCUGCCAUGGGAUCAAGUGCCAAACUCGCCUCGCCCUGCCCCCCAACCCUCUCCAGUGUGAACAGUGACAGUCCCCCCUCGGAGCCCAGCACCAGGGAGGAUGAGGAGGAACUCAGUGACCUUAGUUUACCCGUCAGGCCACAAAGUUUGAGGACUAAUCUAAACCUCGCCGUGUCCCUCAGCUGCGAUGCCACCCCGCUGUCCCCUGACGAGGAUGGGGGCUUUUAUUUUGGAGAUGAGGACUACGGGGAGGACUUGAGGAACGUUUUGGAAGCGGGUCGCAGGCAGAGCGCUCCGGACAAGCUGCCAGACCUGACCGAGCAUUCAGACAGUUCAGAGUCCAAGCUGAUGCCAAAGAGGUUCGGCAUCGCAGAUUUCUUCACCAGGAGCCUGUUUUCUAGGAAACCCAAAGAGCCCAAAGUCCUGUCCCAUAAUGCAACAGGGUGGCGACUGUUCGGCAGGACAGCAGCCAGAGAAGGCGAUCCAGUGAAAGAGCCUGCCUCCACGUUGUCCACAGAACAGUCUCCUCAGGUGGAGCAGGAGAAGGACUCAGGCGGGUCCUCGUGCUCUCAGCUCCCCCUGGCUGCAGUGAGGAGGAAGAACCUGGAGUUUGAGCCUCUUUCCACCACAGCUCUCAUCCUGGAGGAUCGGCCAGCGAACCUGCCUGCCAAAUCUAUGGAGGAAACUCUGAGACACAAAAUGGAGUAUGAUGAGAUGGUGGCAGGAGCCAAGAGGAGAGAGAUGAAGGAAGCCCAGAGGAAGAAGCGUCAGAUGAAGGAGAGACACAGACAGGAGGACAGCAUCUCCAACGCCAUGGUCGUCUGGAACACGGAGAUCCUGCCGCACUGGGACACCAUGAAGGGAACGAGGCGGGUCAGGGAGCUGUGGUGGCAGGGACUUCCUCCCAGCGUCAGAGGAAGAGUGUGGAACCUCGCCAUCGGCAACGAGCUCAACAUCACACCAGAGCUGUAUGAGAUCUUCCUGUCCAGAGCCAAAGAGAAGUGGAGGAGCUACAGUGAAACCAGCUCAGUGAAUGACAGCGAGAGCGAGGGGACGUCUCUGGCCGACAGAGAGUCCAGCCUGGACCUCAUCAAACUGGACAUCUCCAGAACCUUCCCUUCUCUCUUCAUCUUCCAGAAGGGUGGUCCCUACCACGACCUUCUCCACAGUGUACUGGGGGCUUACACCUGUUACAGACCUGACAUCGGCUACGUCCAGGGCAUGUCAUUCAUCGCUGCUGUGCUGAUCCUCAACCUGGAGGAGGCCGAGGCCUUCAUCACCUUCGCCAACCUGCUCAAUAAGCCCUGUCAGAUGGCCUUCUUCAGAGUCGACCAUGAACUGAUGCUGAAGUAUUUUGCAGCCUUUGAGGUUUUCUUCGAGGAGAAUCUGCCCCGUCUCUUCAGCCACUUCCAAACCAACAACCUGACCCCUGACCUCUACCUGAUCGACUGGAUCUUCACUCUGUACAGUAAGUCACUGCCCCUGGACGUGGCGUGCCGGGUGUGGGACGUCUUCUGUCGGGACGGGGAGGAGAGUUUGUUCCGGACUGGGCUGGGGAUCCUGCGUCUUUUCGAGGACAUCCUGCUCCAGAUGGACUUCAUCCACAUCGCUCAGUUCCUGACCCGCCUGCCGGAGGACCUGCAGUCGCACACGCUCUUCGCCGCCAUGGCCAACACACACAUGAUCAGCAGGAACCGCCGCUGGGCUCAGGUGUUUUCUGCACUGAUGAAGGAUGGAAAUAAAGAGACGGACAGAAACACCAGCCCGGCUUUGAGAAGCUAACAGCAGAGGCUAGCUGUGAAGCUUGAAGCUACGUAGCCUGAAGCUAAGACGUUUACCUACGAAGCUUGAAGCGAGGCAGGAGCUGACAUCAGAGAUGAGCCGUUAGAUCGGCCGGCCGGUCAGGAGGAGGAAGAAGCUGCUCCGGCGUGUCCUGAAAAUCUAAAAACCCGAGUGGGAAACCAAGGCGGUUGGUUAAUUCUGAACUUCGACAGCCAUUAUCAGUAUUUCACCAGUUGCCGGUUGUUUCGGCAGCAGAGUCACUAUUUGACCAGCCUGGAAAACCUGAAAAAUGAAACAUGACUUUGGGAUGAUGUGGCGGCUGGGAGGGAAAACUCGCUGAUUGGUUUGUGGUAAUUCUGCCUCCACGCUGGGACACAAACACCACUAACACGAGCUGUACGCCCUGUGUAAUUCUCAAAGACUCUAAUCUUCGGUGCUAAUGAUUUUCUAAAGGCCUCGAAAAUGACCUCUGUGGUUUAAUUAUUAAUGUAGGUCCUUGUGGUUUUGACUUAAUGACACUAUGAUUACUUUGCUGCGUUUUUAGCUUGAAUGAGGCCUCUGGAUCUAAAAAUGACGGCAAUCUGCCCCAAAACGAAUGAUGCUGAUAUCCUGGGAAAAUUAGCUUCCCAUUUUAGCUUUUUCAAAUUUUUACACACAACCAAGACAAGAAAAGGUUUGGAAGCCGAGAGGAAAACGCUUGGGGAAACAAACGUAGUCUUUCCAAUCGGUAGGCAGGAAUCAAAUUAUAAUAUAUGUUAAUUAAUUACGAGCAGGCGAUGAGUAAAUAUUUUGUAAUUUUGAUGUUUUACAGGAAAUUAAUUUCCAAUAUCCAAUAUGGUCCAAUUUUUUUUACAUGUUAUGAAAGUCAGUUUUUGUGAUGGUGAAUACAGGAAGUCACUGUCACCGUGGGUGUAACCAAUUUUUAGAUGCUUCAGAGUAAAAACUCGUCGUGUCCUCGGUCAGCGGCCGCACGUCUGUGAUUCCCGGUUAGAUUAGAUAGAAACACUUGGCUUGGCUUUUAGCUUUUAGCAGCUUGGGCUUGAGAAUGAAGCUCUUGAUUCUUUGCAGCUGAAUUUUUCUCGCUUGUUUCGUCGUUUGUGAAAAUGCAAAACGAAAUCCUCAGCAGACUGGGAGUUUCUGUCCAUGAACAGGUCUUGCACUCCGAACACGUUAGGGCAUUUUAGUACGAGAAUGUUUGGGAAAAUGUUAGCGUUUUUACUUAGCGGCAGAUUGUUUCUGUUCUUAGUUUGAACAGCAGGCAGACGUGAGCAGAACUGAACGCGGUUCCUCCCAGCGUGAUGUUGAGCCUCCUGCUGCUGACUUCAGACACGAAACUCGAGCUGACUAAUCGUGAUUGACUGUUGGUCAGCCAAAACCAGAUGGACUCUGGGAGACUGGACUUUCAGUGUGUCCUUACAUUUUAGAGAUAAAGCAGUUAGGACUGUGAGUAAUGAUUGUCGUUAUUAUUGAUUGUUCUGCUGUUUAUUUUCUCAAUUAACCGUUUGAUCUAAAAAAUGCAAGCCAAACUGUGGAAAAUGUCUUUCCCAGAGCGCAAAGAGAAGUCUUCAGAUUGCUUGUUCUGUCCGACCAGCAGUCCAAACGCCGACGAUGUUCAGUUUACUGUCACAGAAGAACAUAUUCAAAUCCGAAAGGUGGGAAACUGCAGUUUUAUGGUCAUUUUUGCUCAAUGCAGAUCAAUUGUUCUUUGAGUUGAAACAAUUAGCCGUGCAGCAGAAAGUGAGUCCAUUUGGCAUCCACACAUCCGACACUCCAAACGACUGCUGUGUGUGUGUGUGUGUCAGUCACACAUUAGAAGCAGCAAACACAAAGUUUCCAGCCUGUGCCAGACGCCCCGUAUGUUCAGUCUGGAUUAUAAUCCCACAGAGACAGAACGUCAGCCUGUCCGAGGGCUUUACGUCACCUCCACUCUGUCACUUUGUGCUCAACACUCCACGCUGUAAUGUAACCUCCGCCUCCGUUUCAGCCCUACCUCGCCAUGACCACAUACACACACACACACACACACACACACACACACACACAGCUGAUGAGUCCUUUCCACUCACCCCGCAGCAGAUGAGCAGGCCUUAAAACGUGGACCAAGCAGUCAAAUCUGACUGCAGGAAAACUCGUCAGAGUAGACGAGCGAGGAGGAGGAGGGGGAGGAGGAGGGGGAGGGGGUGUGAGACGGGAGGUGAAGCAGCUCUGAAAGAAUCGAGAGGAUUUUUUAUUUAUAGAUUUUUUACAACCACUUUUGAUUGCGACUAACUUAUUGCUGCCUUUGUUAUUUUCUGUCUGUGGUCACUUUUCUUCGUUAUGGCGUGUUGAUGCUCUGAGUGGAGACGGUGGGAGGUCAGAAUGGUCAGCCUUUUCCUCCACGCUGCUGCUUCUCCGCUGAGUUUCUCUGCAUCUCACCAGUGUUACGCCACACGACUCCAGAGAUAAGACUUUGUUGUUGCACACUGACCAACCAGAGGCCAGAACGCGUGUGUGCGUGCUGAUGAACCAGCUGGUUUCAGUGUGGUUCUGGAUGGCUGACGUCUCGCCAUCCCAACGACCCGCUGAGCGCCGUGUUUUAGAUUCACUGGAGAGCAAACAUUUAUGUCUUUAAAACGCCAACUCGCGUCUGUUCAGGCUGAUUCUCGCGUACUUCACACUAACUCACAGCUUCGUAAUCUUUCUCAGUUAUUCAGGAAGUUAGCUGAGGAAGUGCUGUGAAUUUUCAAAAUAAAACUUGACCAAAGUGUUCAUUUAGCACUUGACAGUGAAAUCAGAGUGUAAACGAAUGUUUCCCAGACUGAGUCACUAUUUCAGGUGUGGCUUCACACGUUUACUGUCCCAUUAACAGUAAAGUCACAUAAUGAGCACGUGCAUCAUUCAGUGCGUGUCCUCUGAAGACUCAGAAACGCCUCCAGUGGAUCUAAACACUUCAGCUUCAAAACGAAUCACAGAAGAUAAAAGAAUUAGCACUUUGUGAACACGAGCUGCUGUGUUUUUACAGCCACACUAAUUACACUGAUGCUCAGUGAUGCAGAAAAACAUGAAAUCUUUUCUCGUUUCUCGUUUCUUUUUAAGGUGAAUGAAGAAAGUUUUAUCAUCUCCACACUGUGGAGUUUGUCACACCUUCAUGCAUCCUGAGAAGUUUUCCCUGAAGCUAAAAAUAUUCUCAACACUUAAACCAAAAUUUGUCUUAAUUGUUCUGCGACAGCGAUAUCCUCAGUCUGCGUGUCGGGUUAUAAGUGACUCCAGAUUUUUGAUUUUAGUUUGGUUUUGUCAGUGUUAACGCACAGGAUGCAGUAUGCGAACGUUUGUCCUGUCAGUUUAUCUGAGAGUCAGAAAAGUUUCAGAAAUGUUAAGUAACAUAUGGUGUUGGUUUUGGCAGGAGAUACUCAGUAUGAUUACCCAGAAUCCUCAGCAGGUUGACCUGAAGGUCCCUCGUCAGUCAGCUGUCAGCACAAGAUGAGAUUAAUGAGUUUUUUUUGUCCCCUCUAAUAUGUUCCACAAAUUCAUUUUAUUUUAUUUUUUGUUGUCACUUCAGUUGUAUUUUAUAUUUUCAUGUAAAUUCAGUUAACUUUUUUCCUUGUUUUCUUGUCAGAUUUCAGUGUACAGUGUUUCAUGAUGCCUUACAGGUGAUGUAAAUAAACUGUAAAAAUGUCCUUUCUUUUCAUAUACUGGCCACUAGUUACACAUGUAAAUAAAUGUCUCAGCAGACCGA